CGACCGAUAGUCGUGUGUUGUGACUGAAAAUGCUAUACGUCUUCUAACUUCACCUUCAUAUUAUGUGAUGUUUUUGCUGAUUACACGUAUUACUCUAAGACUCAUUCGUGCUCCAGCUCUACCAUGACCACGAAGUUAUCUGUGUCUCUGCUCCAGCUCUCCUGGACAGGCUUCAGACUUGGUGUUCGUCCUGGUCCCACAGCCUUGAACCGAACCAUAGCCUCUGCUCUUCCUCCACACAUMUCAGCCUGUAGACGCUCUAUGAGCAGCAAUGUUAAAGUGCGCUCCUACUUCAACUACAUGAAACGCAAAAUCUUCUCCCCUCCGAGUCCUCCGUACAGCCAUGUGUGCCAGGUAGGGGAUCCCAUUCUGCGAUCACCUGCGUCUYCUGUCGAUCCAGCAGCUGUAACAAGCCCUAAGGUCCAACAGGUCAUCAACACCAUGAAGAAAGUAAUGAGGAAGUUUGAUUGUGUGGGACUGAGUGCGCCUCAGAUCGGGGUGCCUCUCCGCAUCCUGAUGCUUGAAUGUUCAGUGAAGAUGUUCGAGGAGGUUUCACCUGCAGUAAGGGAGGCCCGGCGUCUCUCUGUUCAGCCCUUGAGGAUCUUCGUGAACCCUGAGCUGAGGGUGCUGAACAGUCAGACGGUGCUUUUUCAGGAGGGCUGUGCGAGCAUAUCAGGGUUUUCUGCCACAGUUCCACGCUACCUGAGCGUGGAAGUUUCAGGUCUGAAUGAAAAAGGUGAAGCCGUUACGUGGCAGGCCAGUGGCUGGUCAGCUCGGAUCCUCCAGCACGAGAUGGACCACCUGAAUGGCGUGCUCUACAUUGACCACAUGGACAGCAAAACCUUUAUUAAUGUCACGUGGCUGGAGCAAAACGAAUAGAAAACUCUCCCACGGUCACAACCAGCUUUUUUUUUUUAAAUAAAGAGCAUUUUAAAAUGUUGCUCUUCAACUUUUUUUUAACAUGACUAAUAUGGAAGAAAUCAUCCCUGCAGUGGAGAGGUUUUUGUCUUGGAGCAAACCAACCAAUUAGAGAAGACUUAAACGUCAAGAUUUUCCCUCCACACAUUUAGGAGCGUGGAUGACUCAAGCAGGCAUUUUCUAAUUAAGAAAAAUCACAUAAAGAUCAAAUAUAGAUAUGUUGUUGGAGUGUUGAGGUGCUGACAAUUUGGAACGUGUCUGUAUUGAAACACUUUGCAGUUACCUUCAAUGCCUUAUGAAAUAAUAAUAAAAAAACUAGGAUUUGUGCAGAAAAUUCA